AUGGGAGCAGCCGAGCAUAAGAUCGAAGUCCCUACAAAAGAUGUUCUGGCAGAGUCCGAUGGGAAUCCGGUUACUCGUCGUGUGGUGAAUGGGACACUGGGACAGUCAGUCACUUUGUCAGGAAAUGUGCCAGGAGAAAACAUUUCAAUCAUUACUUGGGAUUACGUAUAUCCAUCUAAUCGAAAAAUGGUUCUGUUAUGUUUGAAAUAUAAAAACAGUGCAACAGAGUGUAUCAGAGAGAGGAUGAAAUUAAAUCCAAAGGACUACAGCUUGGAAAUAUGGAACCUAACAGACAGUGAUGAAGGUCUGUAUGAAAUAAAUGCAAGAACAGAUACAGAUCUCCAUCUAGAAGUGACGGAACUGCGAGUUUAUGAACCUGUAUCAACACCAGUAAUAAAUAUCAGCAAGUUCCUCACAGAUGAGGUAUGUAACAUCAGUUUGCACUGUUUACUGGAGCGUGGCUCGGAGCCAGUUUACACUUGGUGGACAGGAGGUGAUGAGGUCACGGCUGAUGAGUCACAUGUACUGACUGACGGAGGGAGAAGACUGGAAUUGUCCUUAAGGCCGAGUGAUAACAGAGUGUACAACUGCACAGUGAGGAACCCUGUCAGUGAGGCAACUACGAGUGUGGAUCUCAGAAAGCUCUGUCCAGUCCCUGAAGGUUGGUACAUUGCCCUUAGGACCAUAAGAUAUAGAAAUCCCUAG